UGCCUCUCUCGAGUUGAUCCUUCCGUCUGCAGCAUGAGUCUGCAGCAUGAGUAUUUCUCCUGAAUGACUCGUCAUGCUGCAUCCUCUCCUCUCACGAGCAAGACGACUGACGGCAGCGAUGACUGACGCUGGAGUUAUCUGCAGCCAUUCCAGGCUGUCCCGCAUCGCAUGUGCCCGCCUGAUACUCUUCGCUGUGUUACUGCUGCUGGCUGUCACUCGUUCAUUGGCUUCCACAGCGUUCGGCAACUUCUACGACUUGGUACUUACUGAGGCAGUAUGACCACUCAACACUCAACACUGCUUGCACAUCUGCUGUGAUUGAUGUGUAUGCUGUUGUUUGUUCAGCUCGGUGUGAAGCAUGAUGCCACAGAGGCCGAGAUCAAGAAGGCGUACAAGGUGCUCGCCAAGAAAUGGCACCCAGACAAGAACGCGGGAGACGAAGAUGCCCACGACAGAUUCAUCGAGCUGCAGAAAGGUACUCCCUCAACACAAUACGCAACGAAGCCAGAGCACUGACGCCAUUGCCACGUUCUGCUGCUGCCGAUUGUAUUGAUGCAGCAUACGAGACGUUAUCUGAUCCGGCUGAGCGAAAGGCGUACGACGACAAGUUAUCGUUCGCUGCGGAGGGCAUAGAGGGUCUCAGCGAGCGGGAGAUGGAGAUGCUGCAGCAAGUGGGCGGCAAGCUGGUCACGCACCACGUGCUGGACGAGAUCGUGGCGUCGAGUAGUGAUGAGCUUUGGCUGAUCCACGUCUACUCGGACAACACGCACCUGUUCGCCUCAUGGAUGACGCAGCUCGAGGGCAUUGCUCGGCUGGCGCAUCUCAAUGUGGAUCUGGAUUAUGUCGAUCAGCACCUACUCAGGAGGCUAUACAUAUACAGGUAGGUAGCUCAGACGGAAAGAGAGGACACAAAUCGGCACAUGAAUUCACCUACUUGCAUCUCCCUCCCUCUCUGUGUGUGUGCUUCAGUGUGCCGAUGAUCAUCCUGAUCCACCAGGGGCAGUUGUCGCGGUAUCAGCCGCAGGGAUUUGACUACUUUGACAUCCGAAGCAACGUCAUGAGCCACAUCACCAGACACAUCCCUUACAAGUACACACGACACACAACACACACCGCCGGUGACUGACACACAUGCAUAGCUCCUGCCUCCUUUACCUUUUCCUCUCUCUCUUUCAGCUCGUUUGUGUCGUCGCUUUACCAUUUCGACAAGCUGAGCGAGUUCAUGGCUUUCCAUCCCGAUGGCAGUGCGCACAUCCGCAUGCUGCUCGUGGUGCCUGAGCCGCAACGGUCCCUUGGCACCUACCUAGCGGGACUUCAGUACCAGGGUUCUCUCCACGUGGCUCAGACGUCACCGUGGGUCGUUCAAAGGUGAGAGGGAUGGAUGGAUGGAUCACUCAGUCAGGCACGGACCGACGCGUCAUUGUGUUGCCAUUCGUUGCACUGUCAGGCUGGUGCCAGUUCGGGGAUAUCCUUGCCUCAUCUUCUGGGACCCAAUCACGCGUGAGAGACGAGUCGUCUACAGCUACCCCAGGGCCCCCCAGCAGCUGCUCUCACAGAUCCAGGACAACAUCUACCCGGGAUACCACCUGCCUGAGUACGACCAGCUGUCCUUCAACUCCCUCUGCACGGGCGAGCAUAAGUGCGACACACUCGUGCUGCUGGUGCUGCCCCCACAAUCGGCCCACGCGAUGCAGCGGGAGGGCGUCUCCAUCCUGGCUCGCGUCUUAUCCUCCCUAUCGCGUGUCUGCAACACGCUGAGGGAGUCCGAUGAGGCGUUUGCCAGCAUGAGGUGCUUCUGGAUCAGGCUGCCCACUGCUCGCCAUGCGACCGCUGCAGCACGGAGGGGAGACCACGGACCAGAGCAGCUCCGGCACUACUUUUCUGCUGCCAACAUGCAACAGACUGACGGCAAGGGCGGUCCAUUGGAGAAGGGCUCGCCGUCGAUUGUGGUGGUUGACGAGCACGGCGUGGAUGGGAUGGUGAUGCGGGAGUAUCAAUGGGAGCUUCAAUGGCACCCUGACAAGACGCCCCCCAAGAAGCUGGAGACGGUCAGCCUGCCUGAGUACCGAUUCUCUACUUGGUUGCGGAAGCUCGUGAGGGAGAGGGAUGGGCCCGACACAGCGGAGGGUGUGCUACUCAAGUCGACUUCAUGGCCGCCGGCACUCGCGGCACACUUCUCUAUCACAGGGGCACCUGAUGCAGGCGAAUCCUGGUACAAAGGAAGGAGAGAGAAAAAGAGAGCGGACGUGCCUCUCUCGUCUUUCUUUGUCAGGUGUUGUCUUGCUGUUGUGUAGGUUUGGCGACAUGACCAUCUUGUCGUCACUUCGUUGGCUGUUGAGUUGGUUCGACCUCACCCAGUUCCCUUUUGGCGGGGCGCUUGUCCUGAUGCUGCUAAUGUGGUUCAUGUCGACAGUUACAACUGCCGACGACCGCACGGCCAACCAACCACAGAGCAACACCGCUGCCACCACCCAGGGCAGCCAACAGCACCAGCCGCCCACCACUGACAUGAAGCGGGAGUCGUCUUCCAGAGUGAGCCCCAUCACUCGCGAGAGGCGGCCAGGGGACUCGCCCACCACUCGGUGCACCCCGCCGUCAUCCGAGGCGCACGCGACGGACGCCAGCAGCAGCCCGAAAGAGGUGGGCGGGAGGACCGAUGAGGCAUAUCCUCAUCCAGGGAGUGGGGAGGGCCAGAAUGGCGGCAGGAGUGGAGGCAGUCGAUUCGAUCGACUGAUGCAGUUCCAGCAAUUAGUGACGCCCUUGACGUACCACAAGCGACACGAUGUCCUGCAGGUGGGCCACGAGCUGGCCAGCCAGCCAGCCAGCCAGCCAGCCAGAGGAGCAGAGAGGAUGCGUCACCCCACCCCACUGCACGUGUAACGCGUAUGUGCAGGGGAGGAGGUUUCAUAUCUUGUUAGUUGACCGUCACCCGCGUGGCAACCCACGUGCCGACAUGUUCUUCUUGGAAGUGCAGCAAACACUGCUUGCGAGAUUCAGGUGACCUCAAGGCCCACACACCACACAGGGCCCAUCCCAUCCACACGCGAUAUGCCUCCUGUGGGGCCUGGCCUCUUGCACCAGGUCUGAUUCGCAGUUCGAGUGGUGGUUCUGCGGGUCAGCUCGCGGCGACCCGGACGUCAACCGCCUCCUGCCCGACUCGUUCCCCCUUGAGGCCGUCUGCCUCACCAUCCCAUCACGAAGGCGACUCUUUUUUGUCGCCAGACAACAAGACACGCCAUCGGACCAUGGCGACGCCACACACCCUUUUAUCAACUCGGCUGGCGUGGCCGUCGGCGAGUGGAUCAGCGGCUCUGUCAGCCACUUCUGCGACCGCAUUGGGAUGAAGUUGGAGAGGAUUCUCGGUGGAGGGUUUGGUGGAUUGCCGUCGAUCGACCGGCUGCUGGAUGAGACCAAGGGAGGGUCUCGGGAGGGGGGAGGUGGCGAGAGCGAGAGUCCGCGGCGGCCGAGGCCGCUCGCCUUUGAGGAUCUGAUGACGGUUCUCGCGUGACGAUGAUGAGAUUUUGGCGAUCCCCCUCUCUAUGUAUGUUGUGUGUGGACGAGAGGCGUGUGGCGAGGUUUGUGUGUCAGUGACGGUCAGGAAGGAUAGCCCACACACAGUCAGUGUAUGUAUUUGUUUGUUUUGAC